UUGACAAUCGUGUUUGAAAGCUGAAACUUGAAAGACGACAUUAUUUUCGUUGCUUUUCUGUUGUGAGACGUGCUCCGCUAAUUUUGCGCAUUAAAACCCUACGGUGCUAACCGUGUUUUCUUAACAAGUACUUGAAAGGCUUAAAUACGAUUUGCCACGAUGACGAAGUUAAUGCAACAGUUAAAUUUUAGUAAUAGUAAUUUUUAUGACGUCGCAGGUGUCCUAAUUGAACCCAACGCUGCGAAAAUUAAAAACAUCUACGGCGAUGAUGCGUCAUCUUUGAGCGCUGCGGGCAGCAAGCGCUCGGCUUUGUCGGCUUCCGACGCCGAGUGUUUUUCGCUGUGCCUGGGCGCCGGGCCUCUGUGGUGGUCCGAUGUCCCUGCUCACCAGCCUGCUCCGCCCGGAGGGGUGAGCAGCGGGGCUUCGAGCCCCGCAACCCCGUCCACCCCCACACAUGACGACAACCACCGCGACUUGUUGAGUACGUUACUAUGGUCAAGCGUAAGUUCGCUCAGCAACAGCGAGGAGAGCCUCAGCUCCGACUCCACUGCGCCCGCGCACCCCAUUCAUCGGGAGGAGACAAUUCGUAAGAUCUUGGAGCGCAAGGACUCGAAGGCAGUGAAGAUCGACCUUAAGAUAUAUCUCACUGAGAACACCUUUACACGAUGGGAAGCUGUGGUGAAAGGCAACACGAUGUACCUGCGUGUGCCUGGCGUGCUUCAGUCCGGAAGCAAGGAGAGCUUCAUGCUGCUCUUGGACUUCGCUGAGGAGAGGCUUCGAUGCUCCAACUGCAUAAUCUGCGUGCUGAAGUCUCGCCCCGACAGGGCCACCCUCCUGCGCACCUUCAUGUUCAUGGGCUUCCAGCUGCUGCCCCCCGGCUCCCCCCUCGCCGCUGACAUCGCGAACCCGGCCUACGUCUUCCUGCACUACAAUAUGCAGUAGGGUUGCCAGGUAUAUUCCCCUCAUUCCUUUACACUUGACAUUGACAGCUGUCAAAUUGUGAAAAUUUUCAUACUUGUGUUUUUAUUAAAGUCAACUGAGGCAGUGAGUAAAUUAAAUUUUUAAAUUAAAUUUUUCCUUCACUAACAUCAAAGAACGAAUUUGUCAGCUAAACAGCAAAACUCGACAUUGACAUUGACGUGUCAUUUCUAAGUAACACCUUGUCUCAUCAAAUAUUUUUAAAUGGUAGAAAGUAUACAUUACGUUAGCUGUAAAAUGUAAUUAGAGUCCCUUCGAAUAUUUACCUGGCAAUCCCUAUUGUGACAGCGAUCCAGUAUUUUAUAAGCCACACUUAAUGCAAACAAAAUCAAUCAACAAAUUAGAAUUGGCUUAGCACAGUAUUUUCUUAAAAUUUCAAAAGCUGUCACCGUUUUGCCAUUUACCAGUAUUUAAUGCACUUUAACUCGCUUCAUUAGAUUUCGGCAUCAACAAGUCUUAUUAUAGAGUAGAUUUAGUCGCGAAGGUUUACUUUGAUCCCUUUUAAACGUGAGUACUUAUGCUUUCGAAAAUCUAAUGAUAGUUUUAAAGAGAUCGAAGUAGACCUGAGAAUUUUCUAGAAUUUCAGCUUUGGAUUUCAUUUUGAAACUGCAAUUUUAGGACGUUUUUAUUAAGCGUUACGUCGUCGUGUUACCCCCUCCGGGUUAGAGAGAAAAAAAAAAUAUAAAAAUAAAAAAAAAACAAAAAAAUGUUUGUAAUAUACUUUGAAAGUUUGAUUUUGUUCAUAAUUUUAUCUUAAUAGUGUAAGCCCCGCAAAUUGCUAAUUGAAUUGAAAUACAAUCUACGGAACUACUAUAACUUGAUUUGGGUGAAAUAAUCCGAAGAGAUAUUCUUAAUUGUCAGUUAAUGUGACAAGGUUCCAAAUCGCUAGCAACUUGCGAAGCUUUAUGUGUAAGAUUAAUUCACAUUUAUUUUUUUUGUAUCACACUUUUGACUACAGGUUAAUUUUAAGACUUACUGUAUAAUUUUUUUAAUUUCCAAUCGUACUUACCCAAUAAACAUUUUUAAAAUUUAAAAUGUGUGUCAAUUUUUUUCACUUCAGAAUAUUUUGAUUUAACGUUAACGAGAGCAAAUAACUUCAAUUUAACGAAUUUAAAUUUCAUUCAUUGUUUUUAAUAAUUAAAGUAAAUUAAGGUAUAAAGGUUUAGAUUUAAUUUUUCCCCUAAAUAAGGUUUUGGACUAAUUUUGAGUAAGUUAGUAUUUACUUGUACUGUUGACAGUUUGUGUAGUGGCAUAUUCUUUGUGUUUCAUUUUCGUUUCUUCAGAGAUCAACUAAGAUUUAUUUAUGGAAUUUAAAGGCAGUAAAAGGAUUAUUCAAAUUUACAUUUUUUAAGUUGUAAUAUUAAUUAAAUCAAAAUGUAACAAUUCUAAUACUUCAAAACUAAACUAUAUUUCUAAUUAGAUUUCUUAUACCAACCACUACACUGUAUGGGCGUGGGUUUUAUUCUCGUAAAAUAAGUAAUGGACAAUCCAUAACAAAUGUCCCCCUGCCCCCUGCUCCCUGCCCCAUUGAGGGUACGGGCUUGAUGAAAAUUGUCAAGAGUGCAAGAUUUAAGUUUCUUGUUUUAAGUAUUUGAUCGAAGUAUUUCAUUUACGAAACACGUAGUUGUAAGUUAUGUAAAGGUAUUAAAAAUAAAAUAAAAUA